CGUGAGGGUCUCAGCGCGAGUGGAGGGAAGGGGAAGUGACCGCAGCGCGCGCCUGUGUGGGUCGUGUUCGCCCGUCCAAGCCCCACCUGUGAGGAUUUGCGCUUCUCUUCACAUUUCUCCAAGACCUUACAACCGAGUCACAUCGACAUUGAAGAGGCACUUUCGGCACCCGAUGCGCUGAGAUGGGAAAACUCAAGAGAAUCCGGUGCCAGAAAAGCAGUUCUGAGCUAAGUUAGAUCGACUCUUGAUUAUUUUCACACGGAGUCCGAAUUGUAAAAAGCCAUCAUCAAAGGAGCUCCAGGGAGACAUAUCCGGAUGAAGGAAAAGGUUUAAUGUGCUAAAUGUCAGAUAAGGUCCAUAAUUUUAGGAUUUCGGCUCAGCAACGGGAUGACGAGGGGGCCGUGCCGGCGGAAAGGUUGCUGGCGGUGACUGUGAAGCUGUGACAUCACAUUUCAGCGGAAGACCUGACGCCUUGUUAAAAAAAAAUGACAGCUGCUUUAAAUAAAACGUUGUGCCUGGGAAUGCUAGCUGCUCUUGGCCUGACCUGCUCUGUUAUUGCCUUCUUUCUGUAUUUUGAGCCACCAUCCUCUUUUUGUCCAUCUACAUCGGCUGAGGAAAAAACCAAAGACUCUGUUGAAAAGCCCAUAGUCCUGCUGUGGUUCUGGCCUCUUGGUGUGAGGUUUGAUUUCAAAGUCUGCUCAAGCUACUUCAAUAUUGACAGCUGCAUACUGACUGAUGACAGAUCCACGUACAGCAAAGCAGAAGGAGUCAUUUUCUACCACAAAGAAAUAUCCUGGAAUUUGAACAACCUGCCUCAGGGUCCUCGUCCAACUUUUCAGAAGUGGAUUUGGUACAAUGUGGAAUCUCCCACAAACACAGCAAGGAAAGCAGGUUUAGAUAACCUGUUCAACUUAACACUGAGCUACAGACGAGAUUCUGGCAUUGUGGUAAGGAAUGAGGUGACGAUCAAGAAACCAGAGAUGAAGGACGACUUAGUUCUGCCAAAGAAAGACAAACUGGUUUGUUGGAUUGUCAGUAACAACAACCCAUCUACUGGAACAGCUACGAGAGCGAAAUAUUACCGCGAACUGUCCCAACACAUGAAGAUCGAAGUCUUUGGUGCUGCUUUUACUGGGCACCAGUUAAAAUAUGAAGACUAUUACUCAACCCUAGGUAGUUGUAAGUUUUACCUCUCAUUUGAGAACUCGCUCCACAAAGACUACUUCGUAGAGAAGGUGAACGGGCCCCUCGUAGCAGGGGCGGUCCCUGUGGUUAUGGGUCCACCAAGAGAGAACUACGAGCAGUUCCUUCCCAAUGGCUCCUUCAUUCACGUUGAUGAUUUCCCUGAUGCAAAAUCACUCGCAGAGUUUCUGCAACACCUGGACAAGGACGAUGAAGCGUACAUGAGUUACUUUGAGUGGAGAAAGUACUACAAAGUCACUCCUCAUCUUUUGUCAACGAGCAAUGAAUUCAUUCAUCCCAUCUGCCUCGCCUGUGACCACAUAUCAAGAGACAAAAGUUACCAUGUUGUUAAUGACCUUUAUGGAUGGUUCUUUACAUGAAAACUACAGUGAGAACAUCAUCAGACAGUGGCUAUUAGAAAAUGAAGAAACUUAAUACUUCGGGAUUCUGUGCCAUCGAUAGAACAGAUGAAGACCAAAACUGGGGUUUGGUCUAAUUGUUUUGCUUUACUGUAGACCAAAUAAUGAAUUAGUUUAUCAAAAUUAUUGACAAAAUAACCUCUUGUAAAGUAAUUAUUAGUUGGAUCACUGCAAGUACAGAAAGAGUGUGCAUUUGUGAGUGGAACUUUUAUGUAACUGAUGCUGAAGAAGAUGGAUUUUGCUGCAAAUGUACUGGGUUCAAAUGUCACUGUCACUGCGUUGUAAUGAAUAUAAUAUCUAGACAAAUAAGUUUACAUGUUUGAUUCUGCCAAAUGUCCAUUACGAAUUUCAUUGUGUUGAAUUAUUCAUUAAGUUUAAUGAUUAUUUGACUUUUGUUUCACUUUGAGAUGAAAAUAAAAGGUUUUGUCUGAGA